AAGUAUGCACUGGAAGGGAGUGAGUGGAUGGCUGUCAAAGAGAGUUUUGCGCAUACUCAGCCCAGCCUAGGAACUGAUUCCAAGAGUUCUGGUGGCCAUGGCAGAAGGUUCGCAGCAAACGUCCGAUUUCCUGGAUCUUCCUCUCUGUCUGCCUGUUAGACUGGGGAUGGUAUCCUGACGAGAGGCUUAUGGUCACACCUAGGAGGGAGAAGAAUGCCUUCCAUACCCUGUAGAUAAACUGUGGGCCACGGUCUGAGACAAUGUCUUCUGGGAUUUCGUAAUAUCUGAAGAUGUUGUUAAACAUGAUCUCAGCGGUUUCCAUAGCUGUGGGUAGGUCCUUGAGGGGGAGAAGACGGCAGGAUUUAGAGAAUCGAUCAAUGACUACUUGAACAUCUGUUACCAUCUGAGACUGGCAGAUCAGUGAUGAAGUCAACUCCUAGGUGUUACCAGGGGUGGUUGGGAACGGGCAGCCGAAGAAGUUUGCCAGAUGGUAGGUGGCGUAGGCUCUUGGAGAUGGCACAUUCAGAACAGCCUUGGACGAACCUUCUCACAUCCCUGGCCAUAAUGGGCCACCAGAACUGAUCCUUCAGAAGUGAGAGGGUGCUGUUGGCCAGUGCCCAGAGAAGUGUGAACAGAGUGAAUCAGGGAAGUGGUUUGUGCACUUGUGACAUACUGCAAUCCUUGUGGACAGCCUGGCGGAGUGGGCGUUGAAGCAUUGGUGGCGGUAACUUGAUUAUCAUUCCAUUGUUGGGGCUAAUGAUGAUUCCUUGGAGAUAAUGGAUUCUGGUUCUUCACUGACCUCUUCAGGAUGAGGAUUGAGUCUCUUGGCGUCUCGCAGAUAUUGCAGGUUCUUGUGGUCAGUGAGUAUGCUGAAUGGAUGAUGGGCUUCCUCCAACCAAUGCCUCCAUUCCUCCAGGAAUAACAUGAUAGCCAGAAGUUCCCUGUUGCCGAUGUCGUAAUUUCUCUCCGCAGGGCUGAGUUUGGGAGAGAAGGCGGCACAUGGAUGGAGUUUGGCUGGAGUUCCCUGCUGUUGGGAAAGCACCGCUCCUACUCCCGUAGUGGAAGCAUCCACCUCCACCACGAAAGGCUUGUUGGGGUCUGGAUGGAUGAGGAGCGGUGCAGAGUUGCACUGGGGCGAAACCAGCCCCUGAAGAGAGAGAAGCCCAAAUGGAAGAGCGACUACCCAAUGACUGAUGGGCAGCUGCGCAGCAAGCGUGAUGAAUUCUGGGAUACGGCACCGGCUUUUGAAGGCCGCAAGGAAAUUUGGGAUGCACUUAAGGCGGCUGCCCAGGCCUUUGAGAGCAAUGACCAUGAACUUGCUCAAGCCAUAAUUGAUGGCGCCAGCAUAACAUUACCACACGGUGCUUUGACUGAAUGCUAUGAUGAGCUGGGGAAUCGCUACCAGCUGCCCAUCUACUGCCUCUCCCCUCCUGUUAACAUGAUCGAGGAAAAGAGCGAGUCGGAGACCAUUGAUGUCCCAGAAGCUCCAGCUAGCGAGGGCCAGGAGUGCCAGUUGCGUCUGCGUCUCUCCACAGGACGAGAUCUACGCCUGGCCGUCCGAACCAGCGACAAUGUCCAGCAGAUGAAGCAUCAUCUGCAAAUCCAGGAAGGUGUACUGGCCACCAGCCAGCGCUGGUUCUUCUCAGGCCGACCACUCGCUGACAAGAUGAAGCUGGAAGAACUGAAGAUCUCCAGAGACUAUGUUGUCCAGGUGAUCGUCAGCCAGCCUCCCACAACCCCAUCACUGCCGCAGAACCCCACUCCAGUGGAAAACUAAUGCCUCAUUGGGGAUAUUAACCACCACACCAAGUGCAUAUGUGAGAGGAUAUCGAUGUGCAUGGGCUGCAAAAUUAUUCAGAAGAAGAUUUCUCUAUUUUUGGAUUGGCCAUUAGAUUCUAGAGUGAACCUCUAGAGGCUUUCCUUUCAAACACUCACUGCCUUGACUUAUAGCUUUUCUAAGGGAGUUGAGACUCAGAUUUUCUGUUUAAAAGCCUCAGGUCUAAAAAAACGGAGCCCUGAAUUGAUCAAGAGAGAUCCAAAAAGUAUGGUUUUUGCAUGGAAAACUUAAUAAUUUGUAUUUUUUUAAGAUUUUGGAUUUAUAAGCUUCUUCAUUCUUUUCUCUUUGUCUUGUGACGAGAUCAUGUGUCUGCAAGGCAGACCAGAAGUGUGGACCUACCUGUGUCUGUAAGAACUUGAACUCUGAAACAGAGACACUUGGGGCCAAAAGGACAUUUUAAACUGCUAUUGGCUUCUAGCAACAGGAGAAUCACUUGUACUGUUUUCUUAUUUUUUUUUUCUUCUCAUUUUUAUCAGAAACUCUGUAACCAAAAAUAUAUAAAGAUUUUUAAAAUGAUCUGUUACAUGUCACAAAAACAAUGUCAGUCUUGGUUUCCUCGAUUGUCAAGCAUCUUUAAUCCCUGUUUUUUAUUUGUUUUAUUUUGUUUUUCAGAUAACCUUUCAAUUACAUAAAUUCUCUAAACAGUAUUCGUUAAACUCUUUCAUUUCAAAAGUUUAUUAGUCAUGUAGAAAAGUAGAUCAGCUGUUUGACAUUUGCCUCAUUUUUAAUAAUGUUCUUUUUGUGGAGGUGGUGGUUGUCACAUUUUGGAGAUAAAUUUCAAUCCAGAGAGAUA